UCUAGUUCCAGAUUACUCCGCCAGUUUACUCAUUUUGGACGUUUUGCUGACGAAUCUCACUUGUGGUCUGCCUUCAUCGCGUUUUAUUUUGAAAGGUGUGUGCGGAAGUCACACGUGUGUACGGGCUGCUGACUUGACGCUGGUGUAUCAACGUGUUUGGCUACAUUGCGUUGCACUGAUGCUAUGCGUGCUGUGUGGACCCAGCCGUCUCCAUCCAUUGUACAGCGGCAGCAGCAGCAGCAGCGGCACUGGCCCCAUCAGCAGCCCACAAACUGCACCGUCUGGCGGGAUCCCGCUGACGAAGCACCGCCCGGCUGAGCUAGCCGUGCCCGGCGCAUGGACGCUCCAGCACAAUGGCAGAGGAUUUGGGGGCUCCUCUGUUGUGUACCAACAACAGGUCGCAUGGAUAAUUCCUCCCCAAUCCUCCUGUAUCAUCAUCAUCAUCAUCAUCAUCUCGAGUCGGGGAUGACCAGAGCGCCGCUGUCGGCUUGAUGUGGCAGGAGAGCCGUGCGCGAGAGAUGCUGCUCGUGCUGGCUGACGACUGAGAGGAAACACGGCGUGGAGCAGGUGUAGAGUGGCUGGGGGGCUCAGCAGGAUGGAAAUAGAUGCCCGCUUUCGCUACUAUUUCCAGCACCCGUGGUCGCGUCUCAUCGUGGCCUACCUCGUCACCUUCUUCAACUUCCUCAUCUUCGCCGAGGACCCCAUCUCCCACAGCCAGACAGAGGCCCACAUGAUCGUGGUGGGCAACUGCUUCUCCUUCCUGUUCAACAAGUACCCCGGCCUCGGAUGGAACAUCCUGAAAGCGGUGUGCUGGACGCUGGCCAUCAUCACGGGCAUGGUAGCCGGGAAGUUUAUAUUCCACCGACAGCUCUUUGGUCGAUACCUGCGCCUGAAAAUGUUCCGCGAGGAUCAUGGCUCCUGGAUGACCAUGUUCUUCAGCGCCAUCCUCUUCCUCUUCAUCUUCUCACACAUCUACAACCUUUUCCUGCUGAUUGCUGGGAGCAUGAAGCCUCACAUGGUGACAGAGUACAUGGGCAUCAGGAAUGAGAGCUUCAUGAAGAUUGCUGCUGUGGGAACGUGGAUGGGAGACUUUGUCACUGCUUGGAUGGUGACAGAUAUGAUGCUGCAGGAUCAACACUACCCAGACUGGGGCAUAGCCGCCAGAAGGUUCUGGAAACAAGGCAACAACAGGAUCGUUCUCUUCUGGACAGUGCUCAUAUCUCUGACGUCAGUCGUGGUUUUGGUCAUCAGCACCGACUGGAUCAGCUGGGACAACCUGAACCGAGGCUUCCUGCCCAGCGACGAGGUCUCCAGAGCCUUCCUGGCCUCCUUCAUUUUGGUCUUCGACCUUCUCAUUGUCAUGCAGGACUGGGAGUUCCCUCACUUCAUGGGUGACCUGGAUAUGAAUCUACCUGGAAUGUCAACGACGCACGUGAAGGUCAAGCUCCCUGUCUGCAAGAGCAUCUUCAAGGAGGAGUACCACAUCCAUAUCACAGGUAAGUGGUUCAACUAUGGUAUCAUCUUCCUCGUGCUGAUUUUGGACCUCAACAUGUGGAAGAACCAGAUCUUCUACAAGCCCUACGAGUACGGUCAGUACGUCGGGCCUGGGGAGAAGAUCUACACGGUGGAGGAGCCAGAGACACUCGUGAACUUCAACCACAGCACGCUCACCUACGAGUGGCGCUCCACCAACAUCAAUCCCGACACCAACGCGACUUACGUCGAGCGGGACAUGUUCCUCCACAGCCGCUACGUCGGCGCCAGCUUGGACGUCAAGUGCCUGGCGUUCAUCCCCAGCCUGGCGGCGUUCGUCCUCUUCGGGUUCUUCAUCUGGUUGUUCGGGCGAUUCCAGGACAGCGAGACCUUCGCGGAAAACCAAGACAACACGUACGAGAGGAUAAAGAGGAAGUCGCCGUCGGAGUACAGCAAGGAGAUGGGCGUGACGCCAGAGGAGCUGCACGUGACCAUGAGCGACACGCUGAAGCGAUCGGGAACGCCCAUGCUGCUGUCGGUGGACGGGCCGCACCUUGGAGCGACGCCCUCGACGAACUCAACUAUUUCAAUGGAAACCCAAGAGACGCACCCGAGCAUUGUGAUUGACAGUGCAGAGCAGGACGAGCCAGCAGUCUCUUUUGAUGUCCACAAGCUCUCUCCGUGAGCUUCUGAACUUCUGGAAACUUUAAAUUAUUUAACAGCGGGACACCUUGAACUCAAGAAGUAGUUUAUCGGGAUCUUUACAUCGUUGCUUCUCUUUAAACAAAACCAAAAUGCAACAGACUUUGACUUGAGAUUCAGGAGGAGGACAGUGUCGCGUCACACGAACACAGAGCCGAUCCUGACGGCUUUUGCAGUUGCAUUUGUCAGAAUCUAUUUUUGUAAAAAUGUAUCUUUUUAAAAGCCUCUAAAACGGCACCGACUCUGAUAACGAAACGCAUCUUUUAAACCAUAAUGCAAACUUUUAAUUGACACGGUGCUUGCUCAGAUUUGCAUUUUCAUAAUCAAUUUUGUCAUGGUAAACUAUAUUGGUGCCUAUAUAUCAGAGGAGUAUUUCUACAGUCGAGACACUGCAGUCAGGUGGAUUUUAUUAUAUUACACCAGUGUUACAGCUACACUAGUGCCUUCAUAUUUCAUACGUUUAGAUACAUAUUCUGCCAGUCUAUACUGCUAUAGGCAACAAAUGGAAAGAUGUCCUUGCUAUGGUCUGCAGUAUUAAUGUCUUACAUACGCUUUAAUAUCAUGCGGGCAAUCGUUACCUCAUCUGAUCCUCAGACUUUUAUCAGUUUAACUUUAUCCUCAUGUGACGUCGCUCUCCCUCAAUUUCAAACACAUUAUUCUCGUCGAAAUGACAUAAUUAUGAACAUCAACGUACCAUCAAUGACCUAUUCAUAUCCCCUCACUUGAUAUUAGUCGCAGAGAUAAUAAAUACAAUCAGCAGAGAUCAAAACAGCAAACCAACAAGCCACCUCAUGAUUGCUUAUGUGGCUGCUGCACCUGGACUGAAUACCAACAGCGUCAGAAAGGUGGUUUUGCCCUUGGCAUAAACAUGCCAUUGAAGUGCAAGGGAGGCUUCCGCUCCAAAGCUCAGGGCUUCUUUAUGUCUCGAUAAACCUUAAACAUUACAGAAGCGUUUUUUUGCAGUCAUGGUGGAUGCAUGAAAAAUUAAUUAUUUAUUUAAAAACAUUUAUCCUGCUGCAAAAAAAAAGGAGGCAUCUGAAACCUGCAGCAUUUAUAUUUACCCUGGCUUUUGAAAGGUUCAACUGCUUUCAUACAUAUUUUUAUGUACUUGGCAGUCUAGUUUAAAUUCAGUUUUUGGUCCAAAAAAAAAAAAAAUGCCCUUCAGUUAUUUCCCUCAGCACUAACUCUUUUAUUACAGCAGUAUUAACUGUAUUGUUUCAUACACGUUUGUCACAUUCACUUUGCAUACGUGUUUCACCAAAGAUGACUAAUAAAUCAGUAUUUUUAAACAAAUAUUGCAGUGUAAAAUAAUAUUACGACAAUUUAAAUGAGAUAUAUUCAUGACAGACAAAGUGGAAUGAUAUCAUGUGCUCUUGCAUUACUCUGUACUAUAAUAUCCUGGAAAACUAUUUACCAAUAUGAGGGCACUAUGAAUAUAUCCACAUCCUUUGUUCCCCAACACCUCGAUCCUGACCUGACAGAAUUGUUAUCAUGUUGCUUAGUAUUGUUUGUGCUCAAAGUAAUAUAGCCUGGGAUGACUCACUGGAAUAGUUACAGACUUUUGCAGUGUUGAAUUUAUAAUCAAUUCAUAAACUGAAUAAUUUAACUGACUUCAUUACGUUUGCUUAAAUUGGUCAAUAUUAUGGUGAAUAGUAAAUGGACUUUGGCGCUUUUUCCAGAGCUCAGAUCACUUUACACAUUCACCCAUUCACACACAAAUUCGUACACUGAUGGUUGGGGGCUGCCAUGCAAGGUGCCACCUGCACAUCAGGAGCAAUUUCGGGUUCAGUAUCUUGCUCAAGGACACUUCGACACAUAGCACAGCCCAGGCCGGGGUAGCCGGGAUUUGAGCCAGCGACCUCCCGAUCACGGGACGACCUGCUCUACCCGCUGAGCUACAGCCGCCCCAAUAUUCUGUAUAUAUACUGUAUGUGCAGAAAUAAAAUGAUGAUGAUGAAAAACGUCAUAAUAUUUGCCAAGUAAUUAUUCAAUUUCCUUAAUCUAUCUUUAAACUAAUAAUGAAAAUAUCACUAUUUAUUCAUCAAACACUUUUGAAAUGAACUUCCAUAAUUGUUUUAGUUUAAAAACAUAUCUCUAUAAUAUAUCUGUAUAACAUGCAUCAACACAUAUUAACAUUAAACCCUGGGUAGCAGCAGAGGGAGCUGUGACUGGCCGGCUGUCAGGUGACUUGCUGCUCACAUGUUGUCUUAAACUGACCAUGUUCAGGCAACCGCAAAAAGGGGAACCGCACAUUUUUUUUGACAUUAUAAAGACAAAUAAAGACGUAGAACUAUUAAUUGGCAAAUUUUCAGUUUUUCUUUAGUUGAGUAAAGCGCAGUAAAAAUGUACCUUUUUUGGUUAUUAAUAAUAUCAUAAUCUGUUUUCUAAAUGUCUGAAGUUAUUAAUUGAUUAUAUUAAACGCUGUAAAAAUGAUUCCAGGGGCGCACUCCAGACUCCUUCAAGGAAUUCCGUGUGUGUGUGUGUUUGUACACUGUGGAGGCAAAGAUGUUCAUUUGUGUCUGUAAAGGAUGUUUUAUACUUAAUAGUGCAUGGUGCGUAUGUAUGUAUGUGUAUGUGUGUGUGAGCGAGAGAGUGUGUGCUCAUGAGACUUGUGGAGUGUGUAGGUGUUUGCUACUACACUUGUUUUUGACAAAGGCCAUUCUGUGAAGAGGUCAGUUUAUUUAGCAUAAUUGGUUUUGCGGCUCUUGGUUCUGUAAUUAUCCUUUUAUACGUUACAGCUCUGUACACACAUUAGAUAUUAGUGUCUCACCAAAGGGCAGACCCUCUGCGGACUUAAAGAGGUCUAAUAUGUUUGUACUGUUUUUGUGUUUGGGUUUAAAGUGGAGAUAUGCUGUUUGUUGUUCUUAAUUCUUUGAUUGAAAUCUGUUGCAAAACUGACCCUACGUUCCUCCAAAGCAGAGGAAAGCUCCUCGGAGUCCUGUAUGUCUGUUGAACCUUGUGUUACCAAUAAAUUAAUACAUUUGUUAUAUACUCUA